UUUAUCAAGUUGUUUGUCUAAUUGUUCCCUAAUGUUCUUUGCUAUUAUUGACUCCAUUAUUUUACCUACAACAGAAGUUAAACUGACAGGUCUGAAAUUAGAUGCUAAAGUUUUGUCUCCUUUCUUAAAGAUGGGCUAUUACAUUAGCCAGUCUCCAAAUUACUUGUACCUCACCUGACUCAUGUGAUUUCCUAAAAACAGAAACUAACGGCUCACUAAUAACCUUUUUACAUUCCUUCAGUAUUCUGGGAUAUAUUUCAUCUGGUCCUGGUGUUUUUUACUUUUUUUAGCCUGUUUAUCUCCUGCUCCACUAUCUCCUUAGUUAGGGUAUUACCUGUCAGCUUCUCAUUCUCAUCUGCUCUAAAUAUCUACUCACUAUUCAGCAUAUCCUGCAUGUUUUCCUGGGUGAAGACAGUUAAAAAAUACCUAUUCAGAAUUUUACUAAUCUCCUUCCCAGAACUAACCAACUCCCAUCUGCUGCCUUUAAUGGACCUAUUGUUUCCUUAUUCUUCAUCCUGUAUACCUGAUAAAAUCUCUUGGGGCUCCAUCUUCACCUGGCUGGCUACCUUUAAUUCAUAAUUGCUUUUAUCUUUCCUCAUUAAACUCCUGACUGUUCUAAUUUAUCAUAUUGUGGCCUUAAAAGCUCUUCCCUGCCUUUAAUCUCUUAUAUAUACUUCUCUUCCAUCCUUUAUAGUGUUUUAACCUAGCAGUCAUCCAUUUAGGGUCAUUUUCCUGUGAUCUAUUGGUCUAUUUGAGAUGCUUGCUAACUGUCCUGUAAGCAAUUUAUGAAUUAUUUAUACAAAAAAAUUAUCCUGAAUUACCUUAAGAAAUUCCUCUGCUUCCCUGUUAACCACCAUUAGGUUCCAGUCAAUACUUCUAAAAUUUAAAUCUCCUACCACACAUACCUGACUGUACCUUCCUGCUCAAUUUAUUUCCUGCCAUAAUGAGAUGUUAAUUUCCUUUGUACUGUUUGGUGGCCUGUACACUACUUCCAGUACUACUGACUGUGAUCCUUCCUUAAUAUUGACUCAUAUUGACUCUGCAUUGCUAUGUUUUAAUUCUACUGUCAAUACAACACUGUACAGUGCAAUGCCUCCUCCUCUCCUGUUUUCCCUGUCUUUAUAGAAUAGUGUAUAACCAUCUAUCUUAACCUCUGGAUUAAAUACUUUUCCUGACAUAUCUAACCCAUAUCUAACCAAGUUUCUGUUAAAGCUAUGAUAUCAAGGUUCUCUACACACACCAUUCCUCUAAGCAAGUCUAUUUUACUCAAAAUACUUCUACAAUUUGUGUAGGAUACACUUAAACUAUUCCUUGCCUUUUCUGAGCUAGUUACCUAUCUAGAUUGAUCUAAUUUAUCCUUCAUUUUGUCCUCCUUAGUCCUUCCUCGCUCCUGACUAACGAAAAAAAAGUGCUGGAGUGCAGUUACCUCCCACUUGAUUGUUCUGGUCAAAACCUGAACACCCUGGCGUGAUAAAUGCAUUCCGUCCCUGGGAUACAAGGUGGUCCUACCAUAGAAGAGGUCCCAGUUGUCGAUGAACAUCCAUCCAUCCAUCUUACAAUGAUUCACGAGCCUGUGAUUCACUGUAAUGGCCCUGGACAGCCACUCAACACCAACUCCCCUCCUUGGCAAGACACCACAUACCACAGGCAUCCCUCCCUUGUCCCUAACCCUAUCCAGAGCCUGCCUAUAUUUUCUGAACAGCUCCUCACUCCUGACCUUACCAAGGUCAUUUACUCCCACACUUAGAAAAACAAUGGGCUUUGUCCCAUCACUUUUCAAGCACGUGUCUAGCCUAUCAGCUACCUUCCCUAUCCCAGCCCCUGGCAAACACACUCUCGACCUAUGCUUCCUGUCUCUGGCACAAAACACAUUAUCUAAGUGCCUAACCUGGCUAUCAUCAAGCACAAGCACUUUACUUUGGGGCAGGGUAACUGCGGCUGCCUCCUCCUUCUCCUUGUCUCCUCCCACCAUGUCCACUUCCUCUUCUGUCAUUCCCUCCAGCACAAUGAAGGGGGUUCCUCAUCUCCAUGCAAGGCACCUUGAGGCCCUUCAGCCUCUUGGCGUCCCUGUACACAAUUAACCACUGCUCUUCCAUCGUCUUACUAGGUAAGAUGCUGAGAUCCUCUCACAGAACUCAGCCUGCAGGUCUGAGAUCCUCUCACAAAACUUAGCCUGCACCUCCAAGAUCCUUCGAUGGAACUCAGCUUCCUCCUCUGAGACCUUCGCAACGAAGCCCUUGAGAUCACUAUUACUUUGGGAGAUAUUUGAAUUGAUGAAGAAGGCACAUCCAAGAGUGUUUGACUCUCAUCCUGUUGCCUUUGAUUCAGACAAGAAAGCUUACGGUGUUGGCGUUAUUUCUGAUGUGGGAAACAGUGAGCAGCAGUCAGCAUCUUAUGUGGUUUCCAAAAUGAAUGAAAACUGUCAUGAGAAGUGGAGGGUUACCAUGGCACUGAAGGAGGAGCUGCAUCUGGGGGACCUCCUGGAGGUGCUUUACUCCACUCCAGGGACAACACAGCUUUCCUCCAAAGAUUAUUCAGUUCCUUGAAGUAAUGUUUCACCAUUCUCGUGCCCUCAAAUACAAGUUGGUUGGGCACCGCCACUUCUACUCAUUUGAUAGGAAAUCUGGGACAACCUAUCCCAUUGGGUCCAACAAGGAGGUUGCCAUUGGCUUCUUUGGACUCUGUGAGGCCGUCCUCAUGGAGGAAUGGCUCACUCUUGCUCAACAUUGAUGUUUCACAUGCAGCUUUUUACAAAGAACAGAGUCUUCUUGACUUUGUGAAUGGUGUCAUGAGUCUACAGGAGUCAGAUCUCCACAGGACACUGGAUCCACACAGGAAGAGAAGACUAAUGCAGGAAAUUAAGGACCUCAAAGUUUAUGUGACUUUCUCCAAUGUUUCCCCGUACAUACAAAAUCAUAUCCAUCACAGAGAGAGGUGCCAACAGACAGACUUUUCCCCGCAAAGAUGAAAAGACUGGUGUGACAAAAAACAUCACUGUGGUGGAUCACUUCAGGCAUGUUCAUGGCAAAAGCCUUUAUUUUCCCAACUUCAACUGUGUCCAGGUUGCUCCAUCUGAAAAGAACAUAUUUCUGCCAAUGGAGUUUUGCAGAAUUGCUAGUGCACAAAAAGUGAAGAAACUUGCUGACCAGGAGAUAGCUCAGUUUUUGAAGAUAGCAGCUGUUGCUCCUGCAGAGAGAAGAAGGCAAAUAUGUAAACUAUAUGACCAAAAUAAUUUCUCAGAAGAUUCAGUGCUGAAGAGUCUUGGAUUCACCAUUGAAAAGAAUCCAUUAAGAAUUGCUGGCCGUGUGUUGCCGCCUCCUUUGCUGCACAUGAAUCAUGUGGUGGAGCCUCAUGAUGGUGUGUGGGAUGUGAGAGGCUGCAGAUUCUUCCAAGGAGCUCUCAUAAGAAGUUGGGUAGUUUUUAAUUAUAACACAGAACGGGUUAGCUUAUCACACAUCAGGAUCUUCACUGAGCAACUGCUGAGGCUGGGCAAAGAGUAUGGCAUGGAGCUCAAUGAUCCUAUGACCAUACAAGAUAUGCCAAGAGCUCAUAUUGAGGAACAUUUAAUCUACUUUAAAAGGAAGUAUCCAGACUUGCAGCUGAUCAUGGUUGUCUUGGAUAAAAAUGAUGAAUUAUAUGGUCGUCUUAAAAAAAUAGGAGAUGUAGACAUUGGUAUCAUCACCCAGUGCCUUCAGGCAUCAACUGUGAGGCUGUGUAAAGAAUCAACAAUGUUGGGUGUGCUACUGAAGAUCAAUGCUAAGAUGGGAGGGAUAAACACCAUCAUAGCAAAUCCCUCAAGCCCUCAGAUUUUCAGCCAUUCGGUGAUGAUUAUGGGUGCUGAUGUCAAUCACCCGUCAGCUGGGGAUGGUGUUUCUCCUUCAGUGGCAGCUUGUGUUGCCUCUCUUGACAGGCAUGCAUCAAUGUAUGCUGUGGAAGUGAUGCCACAAGAUCAUCGGGUGGAAAUUAUUCUAGAUUUAAAGAAGAUGGUGAAGAAUCUGAUAAUGUCUCAUGGAAAAGUGCAGAGAAGGUGGCCUGACAAAAUAGUGAUGUAUCGUGAUGGAGUGAGUGAAUCAGAGUUCAUCACUGUGUUGCUGCAUGAGGUGAAGGCCAUGCGGCAGGCUUGUGCUGAGCUGAGUCAGGAUUACAAGCCAGGCAUCACCUUCCUCAUUGUUCAGAAACGUCAUCAUACAAGAUUCUUUUGUCAUAGAGAUGAAGGGGUUGGAAGGUGCAGGAAUAUUCCCCCUGGAACAGUAGUGGACACUGGCAUCACCCAUCCCAGUGAGAGAGACUUCUAUUUAUGUUCACAUCAAGGAAUACAAGGUACAACAAGACCUACACAUUACCAUGUGUUGUGGGAUGAUAACAACAUGACAUUGGAUGAACUGGAAACACUCACAUAUAGCAUGUGUCACCUGUAUUCACGGUGCAACAAAUCUGUGUCUCUACCAACACCAGCCUACUAUGCUCAUUUGGCUGCAUUCAGGGCCAAAGUGCACAUCAGUGAUUUAUUUGAUCACUAUGAUGGCUCAGAAGGUGUGACCAAGGAGGAUAUUAUGAAUGCUGCCAGAAUGGACCACAGUCAUCCCAUGGCCUACACAAUGUACUAUUUGUGAGAAUGCAGGAGGUGGAGUUUCCUGCCUGUCAGGAUUUAUUAAUCACAAAACAAGAAAGAGGAGUCUCAUCACUUUUGAUGUAUUAUUAUUAUUAUUAUUAUUAUUAUUAUUAUUAUUAUUAUUAUUAUUAUUAUUAUUAUUAUUAUUAUUAUUGUGUUAUAAGUAUUUAGAUCAAUAAAUGUAUUUUAUUUUUAGUGUCUCCUUUAGAUGUAAGUUUUAUGAAGAAUGUAGAUGCUCUUGAAGUCUGGAAUCAUGGGGAAAUUUGUUUUUACAAGUGUAUUUAAUAUUUCAGAAUAACAUUUAACAUAACAUUUUUUUAAAGGUACUCAAAAUGACUCUUGAUACUCCUAACAUACUGAGUCAACCAAUGCUUCCAUUCCAUAUAUGGAGAGGUUCCAUUCAUGCCAUUCUUUUAGACAGGGUGGAAUCAAAAGCUUUUCAUCUUAUCAGCUCCUCCUCUCUAACUGACUGUCUUCAGCCUCUUUCUCAUCACCACAAUGUUGCAUCGUUUGCUAUCUUCUACUGUUAUUUUCAUGCCAACUGCCCCUCUGAUCUUGCUAACUGCAUGCCUCUCCUUGCUGCACAAGACUUUCUUCUUUAUCUCAACCCUAUUCUGUCCACCUCUCUAAUGCAAGAGUUAACCAGUAUUCUCAAUCAUUCAUCACUUUUUCAGAUAAACUCUGGAACUCCUGUGUGCUACUCUAUUUCCACCUUCCUAUGACUUGAACUCUUUCAAGAGGGAGGUUUCAAGACACUUAACCAGUAUUUUUGACUAAUGCUUUUAACUUUGUACAGGGACUGGUACCUUAGUGAACCUUUUUUUUUUUUGCAGUUUUUGUUGCCCUUGGCUGGUGCCUCUCCUACAUAAAAAAAAGAGAGAGAAAAAAAAAAAAGGAGGUUCAUCUAAUAGCAGGAUCAAUUUGAUGACAAGCAUGCCUCAUUCUGGAUGCCUGGUGAUGCAGAUCAGCAAUAUUCUCAGUGCAAACCAAGGCUUUUAGGUGCUCUUCAAGAUGGAAAUCAAGUGGAUUGUAGAUACAGGUACCAGACUCUGAUAGCAAACAUUGAUUUUGCUCCCUCUCCUUAAUGAAGACUUUACAGAUUGAAGAGACAUAUUUUGAAUAAUAUUUUUGACAUGGCUGGAUGUACAUGGUGCAUGUAUUGUAGUGUGAAGAGUAAGAGGAUUUGCUUUUAGAAUGCAGGGUGCACUUGCUACCUUAUGUUGAGACACAGGAAACCAACAGAGAGGAGAAAGGAAGAAGACAGCAGCAGGCUUGCAGCUUUCCCUCAUCUCCUAUAAUGUGCACUUCCUAGGGAGCGUUUUUUUUUCUUUAUUAUUAUAUAGAUAAUAGAAGGAAUCUAUGUAUAUUCUGCUGUGCCACAUUUACUCCCCACUACCUCAUCUGUCACAGUCUGAAGCAGCUGUUCUCAGGUACCCCCCAUUUAAUAAUACAUGAUCAUCUGGUA